AUCUCUAUAUCUCUCGAGCUCUACUCACCAACACACUCAUAGAUCAAGAGAGAAAUGGUUCAAUUCAUGAAGAUACUCGUGACAAUGGCAUUAACAAUCGCCAUCACGGUCGGCGUCAUUAGCACCACGACCACUAAAACCACCACCACGACCGCAACACUUUCUCUCGAAGACCCUUUUAAGGAUCUUACACCGACAGGAGCGGUAAUGAUCAGACCAAGUCGCUUCUUGGCCCAAAAAGUCGACGACCAGGGUCAAGGACCUAAAGCCCGCAACCCUAAUGCAGCUGACCAUUGCAAUAAGGAGCCAGAUAUCUGCAGCAGCAGCUAUUACAGCACCGGAGCAAACUCUACAAUGGUUUGUUGCAACAACAAGUGUAUGGAUCUAUCCACCGACGACAAAAACUGCGGUGCGUGUAAGAACAAGUGCAAAUUCGGGCAAACAUGUUGUCGCGGUCAGUGCGUUUACGUGGCUUACGAUAAGCGCCAUUGCGGUGAGUGUAACCAUAGAUGCAAUCUUGGCGAGUUCUGCGUCUACGGUCUCUGUAACUACGCGUAACGAAUCAAUCAUUCAUUAUCGUAAAAAAAGAAAAGCGUAAAAAAAUAAAUUUAAGUAAAAUAUACGGUUGAUUUAUUUACAUGGACGCUAAAUGGUUGGUCCAAUUAAUUAUUACUUCAUAAUUAAUCAAGUGUUGUGUGUAUU